AGUAUGACCCGUAAAUAAAUAUAAAGUCCUAUUCUCUUUUACCUGAUGAACAUAAAUACCAUUUAGAUAUCUCUUUAUUGAACUAAUAAAAUAUUGAAAUCUCCCUAAAAGUAUUUGUCCUGUUCUAAAUUUAUGAACUUACAAGGGAAUAAUACUGUACAUGUUAACCAAUUUCAUAUUUACCGUAAUUGAAGUUUAGUUAUUAGUAAAAUGACAACUUUGCAAGAUUUAAUACGCAUAUUAGAAGAUCCUGCGCCCCAAUAUGUAUUAGGCUGCAUACCAGUCAUUGUAACGAUAGGAACAGCCCCGGAUAAUGGUCUGGGAAAUAAGCUAUUAUGGAUUAUGAGGUGUCUCGGCUGCCCAUUUACGGGAUUGUUUUAUGUUUUAAACGUAAAAGACGACCCAAUAUCGGCGACUACAUAUUGGCUUAAUUCAGAUCGAUUUAAGGAAGAUGGAAAACCGAUUUCAUUUAGACCUUUUGGGCAUCAUGCUAAAGAAAUAAAUUUAUCCGACCAAGAUCCACAAGUUAUUCAAUCACUUGAGGAGUGCAUCGCAGAAGCAAGCCCUCUCGAUCGGCUCUCAUCCCUGGCUUCUGCCUAUUACGUAUUUGUAGGUAUUUUUGCGGGUCUAACCAAGGCAAUGCAUCUAGCGCAUUGCACCGAAGAGGAUUGGCCUUAUCUCCCAUUAUCAUUAAGCUGGACCCUACCAGCGGUCUAUAAAAGGGUCUUUGGGGGGAGAAUGGUAGUUAGAGACCCUAGAGAAAGGUUAGAAAAAUUAGAGAAGGAUCCCAAUGAAAGAAUAGAAGAACCAGAAAAUAGGACAUAUAUUGUUGUGAGAGAUCUCCCAGAUCACGUAAAAAAUCCCAAUGAUGCCAGUAUAUUUGUGGUCACUUUUAUCUUAUUCUCAUUAAUAAUUCCUUGGAUAACAGUGCCACUUGCUUAUUUCAGUCGUCCGAUCGGAUUUGGCUGCAGAAGCAAAUAUAUCUCUGUCUUGUGCUCUAUCUGGACAGUUAACAGUACUGUCGCAUUUAUUUCCCAUGUUUUAGGAGAAAAAUCUGUGUAUAGCAGACGUAUUCUUAGCAUUUGGUUUUACUUUUCUGGUAUUAUAGUAGCAAUCCUUUUGCUACUAUUAGCAUUAUUAAAUAGUACACGAUCAUGGUGGGUAGAUUUAUUCGGAGAGUCUUGUAAUUUAACAUGUUCAAGUCAAGAUUAUUAGCAUAUAUAAUAAUUUAGCUAUUAUUUAGCUUAUUUGUAUUUUUUAAUCUUAGUAUGAUUAUAAACUAUUAUAUGGUUUGAAAUAGUAGUUAAUGAUUAAUAACUAUUUCGCACUAACGAAAUGUAACAGUAUCUUGAAAUAAUGAAAUAUUCAAGAUCUUACUAUAUAAUUUGACAAUGUUUAGGACUUUUAAGUAUUCCACAAAUUAUUUUAAAUAAUCUACAGAAUAAAAUAUCUAAAUAAUAUAAUUAACGGGAGUUUAAUUUAGUCGAAUGAAAUGAAACUUCGCACCAUCAAAUAAAUUGAUAUCUUUUUUUUUUUUAAUGGAGAGCAAAAUUGUUUUGAUGAUUUCG